CGUCAUCCCGGCGAUGUGGCGUCAACCCUGUGUUACGUCGACAUUGACCAGUAUCCGGAACAUAUGGUGACGUUAUGGCAGCCUAAUGAUAACCUUGUGUUACUGUGUCGUCCGGAGCUUCAUACUACGUUCCUUGGUGUGUAUGUCAUCCAUCCUAGUAUGGCGUAUGGUACAGUCGUAUCACAUUCCAUGGAUUGA